CAUUGAUUUCAUACCAAAGUCAUACUUAACAUUCCACUUACACUGUCAAACCAGGAGAAAUAUUACUGAAAACUAUAAGGCGCCAAAAAAAAUCUAGUAUAAAAAUAAGUAAGCCAUCUUCGCUUUUUUCAGGAGGGGUGACUUCCAAAAAAAGCUUCUUGGAUCUGGAUCACUUUCCUCCUAACUUGUUCUCCAGAAGAAUCAAGUCUUUACAUACCCGAGGAUUGACAGACAGAAAAGGCAAAUUGGAGGAAUACAUAAGUCGAUAUUUUACGCGCUGUUUUACUGCGCCCCAUAGAUCCUCUGACUGUGGGGCUCGUCGUCGGGCCCAGGGGGAGCCGCCACCAUUGCUUCCAACGAGUGGAGUGCCAACGGUAGCCCGGAGGAUGGGCUGGAAGAAGGGAACGAUGAGCUGGACAAGGCCAUGGACGGGGACGCCGAGGGGGUGUGGAGCCCAGACAUAGAGCAGAGCUUCCAGGAGGCCCUGGCCAUCUACCCCCCCUGUGGACGGAGGAAAAUCAUCCUCUCAGAUGAAGGCAAGAUGUAUGGUCGUAAUGAGUUGAUAGCUAGGUACAUCAAGCUGAGGACAGGCAAAACCCGCACAAGAAAACAGGUUUCUAGCCAUUUGCAGGUUCUCGCCCGGAGAAAAUCUCGCGAGAUCCAGUCAAAGCUGAAGGCCAUGAACUUGGACCAGGCAUCUAAAGACAAGGCCCUCCAGAACAUGGCAGCAUUGUCGUCUGCUCAGAUCGUGUCUCCGAGCCUGAUCAAGAGCCAGCUACCCCCACUGCCCCACUCUCCCUACCCCCCGCAAGCCAGGUUUUGGCCAGGCCCUAUCCCAGGACAACCCGGCCCCUCUCAGGAGCUGAUUCUAGAGCUCAACCAGGGAAGGACUCCUGGGUUUGGCCGCACCAGCUAUGCUAUCAAACCUUUUGCACCGUCUCCAUACACAACUCUACCAGGCCCCCCCCCUCCCCCUAUAUCAAACUAUGAGCCUUUGGCACCCCCCCUGCCCCCGGCUGCUACGGCGGUGCCCGUGUGGCAGGACCGGACCAUCGCCUCCUCCAAGCUGCGGAUGUUAGAGUACUCUGCCUUCAUGGAGGUGCAGAGGGACCCCGACAACUACAGCAAACACCUGUUUGUCCACAUUGGCCAGACCAACCCGUCCUACAGCGACCCUCUGCUGGAGGCAGUGGACAUCAGGCAGAUCUACGACAAGUUCCCAGAGAAGAAGGGCGGACUCAAAGAGCUUUAUGAGAAAGGCCCCCAGAACGCCUUUUUCCUAGUCAAAUUUUGGGCGGAUCUGAACAGCAGUGGCAUGCAGGACGGCCCAGGCUCCUUCUACGGAGUUAGCAGCCAGUACAGCAGCUCUGAGAACAUGACCAUCACCGUCUCCACCAAAGUCUGCUCCUUCGGCAAACAGGUGGUUGAGAAAGUUGAGACGGAGUACGCCCGGAUGGAGGGAGGGAAGUGUGUCUACAGGAUCCACCGCUCUCCCAUGUGCGAGUACAUGAUCAACUUCAUCCACAAGCUCAAACACCUGCCAGAAAAAUACAUGAUGAACAGUGUUCUGGAAAACUUCACUAUACUUCAGGUGGUGACAGACCGUGACACCCAGGAGACCUUGCUAUGUAUAGCUUUUGUGUUCGAGGUCUCGACGAGUGAACACGGGGCACAGUACCACGUCUACAGGCUCGUGAAAGACUGACCCACCCACCAUUCUGCUACGUCUACAGUCUCGUCGAAGACUGACCCACCCACUGUUCUGCAGGGAGGUUUGGGAAUCAGCUGACGAAGCACUGCGUGACAAUAUGUACAGUACAGACUGCUCAACUGUAACAUUCAAAACGACGUUAGGAUGAACUGACAUGAACACAUUUUAAACUUCCACACAGUUAUUUGUAAUAUAGGAAAAAGGAUGACGUCUCUCAAUAGACAAGAAAGGAAAUGAGGAGAAUUCAUUGUUUUGUUUUAAGGGCGACUUUUUAACCCAUAUAGUUAAAUGUGCUGAGACAAGUUGGGUCAAAUUGGUAAUGACAGUAAAUGUACAGUAGGUUGAGAUUCACUGAGGGCAUGAGAAAGUGAACAAGGCUAAGAGAGUUGUCUCCAAGGAAACACACUCUAAGCAAUAUAAGAAGAAGUGGAUAGAUUGGAAUGGUACAGAUACAACGACCAUGGAAGAAGAACAAACACAAAAGAAUCCAAAAGUAGAAGGGUCCUACCGAGGGGUGUUGAUCAAUUAGAUAGGAUGGCAGCCAAGUGCCUUUCUCCAAAGACACAUAUUGAUCAGUUGCCAGACACUCUGGAAUGCCUUAUGUACUACCUCUUGUCUUUAAAUAAACAGAAAGAAACCGAACGGAUGUAAAUGCAUCAAUGAAUUGGAAACUGAACAUGAUUAUGCAGUUCACCCUUUCUUAUCUAGAUCUUUGAAGCACACUUCUGAUCCAGGCACAUUAUGUUAUGGAUUAAACUAUUAUUCAUUUUUCUAUUGAUGUGUUGUAUUGAAUGGUUACAAGUUUAGAUGCAGUCCACGUGUACGGCAAGUGGAUAGCAUGAUCAGAUCAUUCAGUUUCUAGUCCCUAGGCUUUUAUGGGUCUAGACAACAACACAUCUAUGUGCUGUGGUGCACUUAAAAGGUCACGAAGGGGUGAAGCAACAAAGAUUUGUAUUUUCAGCCUUUAGUUAUGUUAUUGAAAUGAACCGUUUCUGUACUGGGAGUCAGUGGAUGCUACAGGAAUAUGUGUUACAUAGGAUACUUUUUUGGGGACGUGUUUAUAUUUGUGAUUCACUUUAACACUGUUUUCUUAAAAACAUGGCUUGUGAAUUCACCAGAUUAGAAAUUGCCAAAUUGGAACUGACCAAAUUUAACGGUGAGUUUCAACUAAUGUAAGAAAUCCAGGUAUUCUAAUCCAAUCUCCCCAAUCGAGAGAUAACCAAAAGUUUGCUGGUUUGAAUCCCUGAGCUGGCAAGGUGGAAAAAUCUGCUGUUCUGCACUUGAGCAAGGCAGUUAACCCCCCUAACAACAACCGGCUGCCGAUGAUGUCCCUUAAGGCUGCCCCCCUCACCUCUCUGAUUCAGAGGGGUUGGGUUAAAUGUGGAAGACACAUUUCGGUUGAAUGCAUUCAGUUGUGCAACUGACUAUGUAUCCCCUUUCCCUAAGCCUACAUAGUGUAAGAUAAGUUUCUCUUUCCUAAAUUGUAUUAAUAAAAACAAAAGCUAUCUCUUAUUUUAUGAGCAAACCUUCAAGAAAUUAAUCUUAAUUUGCCAAUGCCAUCAGUCAAUGAAAAACAGCUUUUAUGUUUUGAAAGAGAGCUAUCCUCUGUACUGUGGUGUGUGACCAUUGAUUGUUAUUUAUAUUGAAACGAAUGGUGGGAGGGCAGGGCUGGGCUGGGAAAUGGGCCAUGUGUUUAUCCUUUGCCAUUGAAAUGGAGGUGUUACAAGUAUUGCUGAGCUGAACUUUAUACUAAAGACACAAUAACCUUAAUCCCCUAGCUAGGGGAUGGUCUCUGCCUUGGACAGUUCACUGGACUUCUGUCAUAAGAAUUCAUACAUCAGACUUUGUAUGGUGGAUUUAGUACUUCAAGAGCUAGACUUAAAACAACUGCUAAAUCCUUACUAGCGGACUUCUCAAUUUUACCUUUUUUUACAGGCCCUUGUUUUUUAUUAUCAUUAUAACAAUUAAUACUUUUGUUUUCUGUUCGUUUUUUUUUACUUUCAGCAGAAGCCAUAUGCAUCCGUUGAAAACGUGUGUUUUUGUUGACAUUGAUGAUGAGAUGCUGUAUCUUAUGUAUCAUAAUCUGAAUGGUGUGGGCAAGUUUGUUUGGUUAAAAGGUGGUUUAUUGUGGCCUUGGUUACCAAUUGUGCAUUGCAUUUUAGUAUUUUCUGUUAUCUUCAAACUAAGGGGGUUGUAUUAUAUACUCAAAUCAAAAUGUGUAAUCUAACAAUUAAAGACGCAUGGUGCCUUUGGGGCCAUUUUCCCCUGAAAACUCAUUAAAACAGGUUUAUUCAU